UAUAGGGCUGAAAACCUGUUUGAGACAGUCUCGGGUAUAAAAGGCUGCCGCGGCAGUGCACAGUCAUCCUUCACGUCAUGCUCAAACUCGACCGCCUCUCGGCUGUUCUUGUGUGUUCUCGGUUCGCUCAGCGGACCACAAGGAACCGACCAUUCUACACAAAACGCUCCUGUUGAGAAGCAGAAGGAGUUUGAGGCAUUGCUGGCCAAUGCAGGAGGUAUGACCGAUGCCCAGAUCGAUCAGAAGGUGAUGGGCUGGGUUUCCCAGCAGGAUGCGUCAAUCAAGAGUGCUUUUGACGCUUUCGUGCAGAAAGUAAAGGCGGCUCAGGCUCAAAGCGAAGCUGCUCACAAGGCUGCUGUCGCUAAUUUCGGCCCGGAAGCGAAGGCGGCUGACGCGAAGCUUUCUGCAAUCGCUUCUGACCCCUCGAAGACCAACCAACAGAAGGCCCAAGAAAUCAACUCUGUCCUCCAAUCUCUGCCACCAAAUGUUCGUAGCGAAAUCGAAACCGCAAUGAAAGGCUAG